UUCCGGUUCAAGCCAGGUCACGUGGUGCGUUUAGUCAAGAUGGUGGCGGCCAAGAGAAAACGUGGAGGUGCAGAAGCAGCACCGAAAAAGAAAGUUAAAUUUGUAGAAAAUGGAGAAAAAGAGAAAAAUGCUACGACGGAUCAAGAGCCAAGUAAAGAGAUCACGGUUCCGCCUCCGGUUUCUCAGGGCAAGUGGAAGAACAAGGAACGGGUUUUAGUUUUCUCUUCUCGAGGCAUCAACUUCAGAACGCGGCAUCUGAUGCAGGAUCUCAAGACCAUGAUGCCUCACUCGAAAGCAGACACCAAAAUGGACAGAAAAGACAAACUGUUUGUUGUGAAUGAGGUGUGUGAAAUCAAAAACUGCAACAAGUGCAUAUUCUUUGAAGCGAAGAAGAAAAAGGAUCUCUACAUGUGGAUCUCGAAUGUUCCUCACGGCCCUUCAGCCAAGUUCCUGGUUCAGAACCUGCACACACUCGCUGAGCUGAAAAUGACUGGGAAUUGCCUCAAGGGAUCCAGACCUCUUCUCUCAUUCGAUCCCAAAUUUGAUAAGGAGCCUCACUACGCCCUGCUGAAGGAACUGUUCAUUCAGACGUUCUCGACGCCGCAGUAUCACCCCAGGAGCCAGCCGUUCGUGGACCACGUGUUCACCUUCACCAUCGCAGACAACAGAAUAUGGUUCAGAAAUUAUCAGAUUAUCGAAGAGGACGCGUCUCUUGUAGAAAUCGGACCUCGCUUUGUCCUCAAUUUGAUUAAAAUUUUCCAGGGCAGCUUCGGCGGACCGACGCUUUACGAAAAUCCUCAUUUCCAGUCGCCCAACGCGUAUCGGCGCAUGGUGCGGCUCAGCAUGUCCGCUAAACAGAAGGAGAAGCAGAUGGUGAAGCAGAUCCAACUGGAGAAGAGGAAAGAGACCAAGGAAGUGGUGACGAAGGACGUGACAGACGACGUGUUCGUCACGCCGGCGGAGGAGAAACCGGUGAAGGUGGAGCUCGAAGCUCCGGAGCCAGGACCGAGCAAGAAGAAGAAGAAGCUGACAGAGCUGAAGAAGCGGACGCUGCUGAAACGCAAAGGCCUCCGAUGAAGAGCUUGUCACCUUUUCCCUCGUCCUCUCGUUUAACCUUUUCUUUUUUUAUCUUUCAGUUCUAAAGUGUGGGCUUUACGAGAAGAGGCCAUGAAUUGCUUUCAGGACGUGUCUGAAAAGUGUUAUUCUGUGGGGACCACCACCUUUAUAUCCCUAAAUACAUACUGCUGUGUUAAUUGUACAUUUAUUUGUUUCAUUUGUUACAACAUUAAACUGUUAGUAUGAACAA